UGGCCGAGAGCGUCCGGCGGCUCCGCUAUGCCCACCACACCUCACAGCGGGCCCCACCCGGCACCCCUAGGCCCCGCCCUCCGGCCGGUAACGACCUCCUCCCCCCCGCCGGCCCCGCAGCCCCGCCUCGGCACACCUAGGCCCCGCCCCUGGCGACCUGCCGGCGCGGCUCGGCCCGGGGCUGUCGCCGGGCGGCGGCGGCGGGGCAGUGGAUCGGUGGCAAACCACAGCUAUGAGGAUAUAUUUAAGGUGGGCUUUCCAGAAGUCUUUGUAUCACAGUCCAGAGAGAACAUAAGAAGCUUAGAUCAAGUACUUGAUACAAAUAACGAAGAUGUUGGGAAUCCUGAAUGUGUGAAGAAUCAACUUUGCAUUGAUUCUGGAAACAUAUGGAGAACACUUAGAGACUUUGAUAAUACCGCCAGCUUAAGACAUCCCUGGAGUAAAUCUCAUUGCCAAGAAAACCUCUUGAGUGUUCUUGGAAUAGAUGCAAAUGAAAAGGACUUUUUGGAGAGCCAGGAUGACAUUUUUGAGGAAUCAAAUGUUAAAGAUAAUGAAGACUUCAGAUUUGAUGGAUUCAAUAUUAAUGACUGCAAAGCACUGAUCCAGACCAAGCUUUCUGUAUCACCGGAUUCCAGACAUGGUCAUCUUUUUACCUGUAACCUCUUUUUGAAAACCACGUCGUCAAAUGGAAACAUGCAAUAUAUAACAAUCCCAAGGAAAAAGCACAUUUUUGCUACACAAAACCUAAAAAUGAAAUUUUUCAGUAGUGAUGUUUGUUGAACCAAAUGCACUUUUUAAUCUUUUUUGUUUUUUCUUUUUGAACUGAAUGCAGUUUACCUUCAUUUUGUUACUGGCUUGGUACUAUAGAGCACAUAUGUUCUUUAGGGAAGUGACAUAUUACUGUAUAUGAGGUACCUAAAGCCACAUUAUUAGAAGAUAUUUAUCCUAUUUAGUUGUGAAGUCAAAGGUGUAAUUUUGUCCUGCAAAGUUUUGCUGCAGAGCGGUGUCUCUUGCAGUAAAUCCAGCUGCAAUCACACUUUAACGAUGCUCUGGUGGACUACUCUCGUGAACUACCGACCUCUCAGGCCUUAAUGCCUCUUCAAUCAAAACCCUUGUUUCCCUGCCAAAAUCCUGCUCCUCAGGUGUGGUGUAACCUGUGCCUUGUCACCAUCUCCGGCUUGGAUCAGCUGAGAUCUGUUACUUUGCCACUGCUGACCCUGACAAGAGGAGCCUUCUACAUCUGGUGGCUUCCGCUGGGCUGUAGGAAAAUAAACCUCUUUUAAUUUAAAGCCUACUGUGGUAAUACGGGUAGAGUCAGUGAAAUGUUUUGUUCUGGCGUUGGUUUCUAACUGAAAUAAAUCACCUCUCUGAAGCU